AUGGAAAAAGAUAUUCAAUUAUUAAAAUCUAUUGGUUUAAGUGAACAAAAAGCAAAAGAAACGUUAAAAAAUCUACAAGUUACUAAUAACUUAAAAGAAAUAAUUAAUGAGGCUGUAAAAUAUGGUACGAUUAAUAAUGUAAAUGGAACCCUUAUAUAUCAUCUUGCUAGUAAUAUAAAAAUGCAGAUAAUAAAUACUAUUCCACUUCUUACUCAAUGCAUUAUUGAAAAGAAAUUAGAUUCUGUUCAAAGAUUGGAUUGUGCAUUGAACUAUUUAUUACACAAUCUAGGAAAAGUUGUUAAUUUUGACGAAUUUUCUAAUGCCUGUGGUUUUGGAAUAGUGAUUACAUCUGAAGAAAUUAAAAAAGAAGUAGAAAAGUGCAUUGAGAAAUAUAAAAAUGAAAUAAUAGAAAAAAGAUAUCGAUUCAACAGUGGUAUUUUAAUGCAAGAAAUUCGAAAUUCGUUAAAAUGGGCAGAUGGAAAAACUAUUAAAAAUGAAAUUGAUGUACAGUUAUAUGAUUUAUUAGGUGAAAAACUAAAAAGUGAUUGCAUAUUAAUUAAACAAGCAAAACAAAUCAAUCAAAUUAAAUCGGAGAAAUAAAAUACAUCUGAAAAAUAUUUAACAAAUAAUUCAGAAUCAAUUAAAAUAAAUGAUAUAAUAAAAUCGAAAAUUCAUUUUCAUAAGCCUGGAGAAAAUUUUAAAACUGAUGGCUAUAUUUGUACUAAUAAUACACAAAGGUUAUUGAAAGAACAUUUACUUAUUACCGGUGGCGAAAUAAGAACUCGAUUUCCACCAGAACCUAAUGGAAUACUACACAUUGGACAUGCAAAAGCAAUAAAUAUAAAUUUUGGAUAUGCUGCUACAAAUAAUGGUUCAUGCUAUUUACGAUAUGAUGAUACAAAUCCGGAAAAAGAAGAAGAAAAAUUUGUUAAGGGAAUUUCAAAUAUUGUCCAAUGGCUUGGAUAUAAACCUACCAAAAUUACAUUUUCUUCGGAUUAUUUUGAUUCAUUAUUUAAAUUAGCUGUUUUAUUAAUAAAAAAAGGUUUGGCGUAUGUUUGCCAUCAAUCUAGUAGUGAAAUUAAAGGUUUUAAUCCUAUAUCUAGUCCUUGGCGUGACAGACCUAUAUCUGAAAAUUUACAAAUUUUUCAAGACAUGAAAGAUGGGCUAUUAGACGAGGGAGAAGCUACAUUACGUAUGAAAGUUACUCUGGAAGAAGGUAAACAGGAUCCGGUAGCAUACCGUAUCAAAUUUUCACAUCAUCAUAGAACUGCAGAUGAAUGGUGUAUUUAUCCAACAUAUGAUUUUACUCAUUGUCUAUGCGAUAGUAUUGAAAAUAUAACACAUUCCUUAUGUACUAAAGAAUUUCAAUCAAGGAGAUCCUCGUAUUAUUGGCUUUGUAAUGCUUUAGAUAUAUACUGUCCUGUUCAAUGGGAAUAUGGAAGAUUAAACAUUAGUUAUACUGUUGUAUCUAAAAGAAAGAUAGGAAAACUUAUUAAUGAAAAAGUAGUAAGCGAUUGGGACGAUCCCAGGUUAUUAACUCUGUCUGCUCUUCAACGACGCGGUGUACCUUCUGAAGCUGUUAAUAAAUUUUGUACUCAAAUGGGAGUUACAGGUGCACAAACUAUAGUUGAUCCUACCGUACUUGAUACAGUAGUAAGAGAAACUUUAAAUACUACAUCAGCGCGUCAUAUGGUAGUGUUAGAGCCACUUAAAAUAACUAUCAUUAAUUUUCCAUCUAACGAACCAGUAAUGAUACGUGUUCCAAAUAUUCCAAGUGAAAAAAAUAAAGAUAGCCAUUCAAUUAUUUUUGAUAAAAUCAUUUAUAUUGAAUCUUCUGAUUUUCGUCAAGAAGCUGAUAAUAAGUUUAGAAGGCUAACUUUAAAACAGUCCGUUGGUUUAAAAUAUGCAGGUGUUGUACUCACAGUACAACAAAUAAAAAAAGAUAAAUAUGGUUCAAUAGUAAACAUACUCGUACACCAAGAAAAUAUUUCUGAAGCAAAUAAACCAAAAGCUUUUAUCCAAUGGGUAUCUCAACCUACUUUAGCGCAUGUUAGGAUAUAUGAAAGAUUAUUUCAACACAAAAAUCCCGAAGAUGAAAAUCAAGUUCCAAAUGGAUUUCUAAGUGAUAUUAAUUAUAAUAGUAAAAAAGAAACUUUUGCUUAUAUGGAUAUAAACUUUGAAAGAAUUAUUAAACAUUUCGAAAAUUAUCAAUUUGAAAGGAUAGGAUUUUUUUCCGUAGAUCCUGAUUCGAGCUCGGAAAAGGUCAUCUUCAAUCGAACUGUCACUUUAAAGGAAACUAAUUAUAAAUUAUAA